AUGGUGGGGACCACAAUCCCCAAGAGGAAACCGAAGCUCCUCAAGACCGAGCAAGAAGAAACCAAACCGGCAGCCCCUCCCAAAAAGUUUGUUACUUUCUCAGAGCACGAUUCCCGCGCAAUAGAAGCUGCAUACCAGAAGCUUGUCGAGGACUAUGGUAAUGGUACAGAUCCACGGCAGAAGUCACAGAGUGGCAAUUGGGAACACACCUCUGGAAGCGCGGGUCAGAAGGCGAACACAAGUAUUAAUGAAGCUGGGAAUAAUGAGGAGGCUGAUAGGGGAAUCAAAGUUCCGGUUCAAGAGGACUUUUUAUUUGAUGUCGAUAUUGAGAAGAGAGAGCUCUCACCAGUAUAUUGGCUUGGCGCGAUAUUUGAUGUUCGCAGAGGUAGCUGGUUUUAUCAAGAGGGUUCAGUCCUCAAACCUUGUGAGGAAAAUUUGGCCACACAGCUAGAGGAAGGAUAUCUGAAAGUUAAACCUUUUCGUUAUCCUAAACCUCCAGAGAAAAAUACUGUUAGACCAUUGUCUGUUAAACCGGGAGAGGAACCGAGAUCGUUAGCGCGUAGUGGUGCUUUCGGAGGGACGAACCGUAAUGGCUCUCCCUCCGUGACUCCGAAAGGCUCAGCCGAAAAUUUGAAAAUACCACAGCAUGGAUCUGAUGAUGGCAGUGUACUAAAGGACUCAUCGCCACCUCAUCAACCUCAGACUCAUCGUUUAUUCGGAACACACAUGAACUCUGUUGUCACUUAUCAAGAUGAUCAUGUGGCCUGGAUCUCGACUGAUAACAUCAUGUCACGGGUCAGUAGCACCGUUUAUCAAAAGUUUGCAGGUGGAGGCUACUUAGGGGGUGUGAAGGUCGUUCGUGGAUAUUCGGAGCCAGGCAAAACGAAAGACACAUCAGCUACCGAUAAAGACAAGGGACCGAAGACACCUACUAGUGCUGCUGCCGUUACUUCAAGCACCCCAGAGUAUCUGCAGCUUGACGAGCGUCAACAAAAGUUACUGAAACGACGAUCUGCACCUCCCAGCACAAGUAACUCCGAAGCUUUGCCAGAAGACAAGAGUAGCGAGCUUCGGGAAGCGGCUUACAAUAAGCUAAACUCUAUAGGUGCGGAUGCAGAAGCUGAAGCUGAGAGGAAACGUGAUGAGAAAGAGAUCCAAAAUGAUUAUAAUGAUCGAGAUGAUGAGAAUCAAGGGCGCAAUAUUCAACAUCUUAUUCUGGUAACACAUGGUAUCGGUCAACGCUUAGGUAUGAGGACUGAAAGUGUUAAUUUCGUCCAUGACGUAAACGCUCUCCGCCAAACGCUCAAAACCGUAUACGGAAACUCGGCCGAUUUGCAGGCUCUAAACGGGGAGAUUGAUAAACUUCCCAAGAAUUGCCGUGUUCAAGUUCUCCCUAUCUGCUGGCGUCACUUGCUUGACUUUCCUCGCAAAGGCGUCAGGCAGAAUCGUAAAGAGCAUGAUCUUGGUGAUGCCUUUGGGGAAGAGGAAGAAUAUCCAAGCCUUGAUGAUAUUACAGUGGAGGGUGUGCCAUUUGUUCGCUCUCUCAUCACCGAUCUUGCUCUUGACAUUUUACUGUAUCAGAGUGCUUACAGAGAACACAUCAGCAGUAUCGUUCUUACCGAGGCAAAUCGGAUUUACAAUCUUUUCCGAGAACGCAAUCCAGAGUUUUCGGGGAAGGUUAGCUUGAUUGGACACUCUUUAGGAUCGGCGAUUUUGUUUGAUAUCCUUUGUCAUCAGAGAGAAACUAAAUCACGCAGUGCCAGUUCUUCGCAUUACAAAAGUCGUUCUGUUCCAUCUACCAAGUCACAUGGUAAGAGUCUCGAAUUUGAUUUUGAAGUGGAGGAUUUCUAUUGUCUGGGAAGUCCUAUAGGAUUGUUCCAGAUGUUGAAAGGAAGAACUAUUGCUGCUAGAAAUCGUACGGAAUCGCUGCCGGCAGAAAGUCCCAUGGAUAUGGACUCGAUGCAAGAUCCUUUCCUGGCGACUGGUUCUGGUGCGGGCUUUUCGUCAGGAGAACAUAUAUCUAGCACGACAGGAUUGCCAUACUCGAUUUCUAGCCCUAAAUGUGCCCGGUUGUACAACAUCUUCCAUCCAACAGAUCCGAUUAGUUAUAGACUUGAGCCUUUAAUUGCUCCUGCGAUGUCAUCCAUGAAGCCUCAGCUACUACCUUAUACCAAGAAAGGUAUCUUUGGUGCAAAUAUGAACCAAGGAAUCACAGGCAUUGGUGCAAAAGUAGGACAAAGUGUUAGUGGAUUAUGGUCUAGUCUGAGCUCUGGCAUUGCAAGUAGUCUCCUCAACCGCAGUCUCGGACUCACAGGCGAAGAUGUCGAAAGGAUGCAAGCGUCAAAUUCAUCAAACACCAAGGGACAAUCCGCAGGGGCAGGAACCAAUAUAACAGCAGGAGUCAUUCCCGACCAUCCUACGCUGCAAAGAGAACACACAACUGAAAAGAUGAGACAGCUCGCUGAAGACACAGCUGCAGCCGAUAGAGAUGGAAUGGGUACGGCGCCUACUUUGAUCGAUGAUGAGAUCGAGACGUUGUAUGCGGGAUUCCAGAAGAGGAGAAGGACUGAUAUGCCGGAUUCUGAUCGGGCUGAGGUGGAGGAGAGAGCGAAGAAAUUGAGGAGGGAGGAAAUGAAGGUUAGGGCAUUGAAUCAAAAUGGCAGGGUGGAUUUCAGUAUUCAGGAAAGCGUACUUGAUUUCAACCCGAUCAACACGAUUGCUAGCCAUCUUUCAUAUUGGGCCGACGAAGACGUAUCACAUUUCCUCAUCGGACAACUCCUCUCGCGCCAUCGAACGGUCGCUCGUUUAAACAAUACAAGCGAUAGUAGCAGCAAGCGGAAAAGCAAAAAAUAA